UUUAUAAGAAGGUUCAGACACAUGUAUCCGAAAGGAUCGGUUAUACAUCAGGUAAGAUCUUCACUUCAGAUGUUAUUUAGAUGCAGAUACAUGUUUAGAACGGAGUUUAUCCUCUUUUGAUUUAGGCAUAUAAUCUUUCAUGGUGUGAGUUAAUGCCCUUACAUACGGGAUCAUCUAAGCAGUAUUACAACAGAGCAAGAGUGUUGCAAAAGGGUUUAUACAGUGUUAGAUGAGGUUAAAAAUUCACUAAGCCACCUAUACUGGCAAAACAAUAAAAAAAUUUGUAUAGGUAAUAGCAUGAUUUGUAGUGAUAUUUGGCAUAAAUACCACGAGUGAUAUUUCGAAAUUGUUAUACGUAAUUUGAAAUUUGAGACAAUUUUGAAAUAUCACGAGUGGUAUUUAUGCCAAAUAUCACGUACAAAUCGUGCUAUUAUUUGUUUAUACCACUGCCCGCAAAAGGUUUGGAAUUUUCACAUGUAGGGUAUUUCAAAUUAAGCUGAAAUACCACUGCUCUAGGCCAAUCAAAUUGCAGAAAUUUCUCAUGAAGUGGUAUAAACGGUGUAAAUGAUCGAUGUUGAGUAGUGUCGAUCGACUUGCUCACGUACAAGAUAUGUGGUCAAUACCCAGGGGGGGGAGGGUUACUCCUUUAUAUAAGCCGUAUAACAGGAGCACACAAAGGGUGUAUAGUUCUUGGCCCUUUUUGGUCUGAAAACGCGGGUAUAAACGUGGGCCAUUUUUGUCUGGAAUAGGGUUUGGUUUUCGAGGAACCUACUGGAGCGUAUGCAUGAACGUAGUUAUCGUUUUAGUUCCACAUGAGUAAGAACGAAAUAGCAAUAUGAGAAUUCGAAAUGCAUUUGAGGAGUUUUUUUGUUUGCGCUCUAAUCUAAGUCAUGAUGACACAAUUCUGUCUAAAGGUCAGAUCUGAAAACGGGUAUGGACUGAGGUCUGCAUGGUCUGAAAACAGGUGUGGAAAAUUGGUCUCAAGUACUACUGUCUGAGUAAAAUUGUUAGGGUGGCGUAAAAUUUGAGAUAUUUUUUGAAAGGUUAGCCCCUAGAGGAGUUCUGUUAAGGGGUCUUAGGGCUUGCUGGGUUACUUGAUAAAACCUUUGGUAACUUCGAUAGGGUGGCAAGAUUGAAAGUACGAUUAUUGAACGGUCUCAGUUGGUUUGAAACCCGGGGAGGGCACUUCCUCAUAAGAGGCUAAUGGGAUGUGCCGCUGGAUGGGGUCGCAUUUACACGAAUGGAUUGAUUAUAUUGGGGUCGCAUUUUCAAUUGAAUUUCUAGAAUGGGGUCGCGCAUUUUUGGACUUUUCGUGGUAAGACAUUUCUUCUUAUUUACGGUUAGCAAACAUACCAGAAUGUUUGUACUGUAGGUGAAAAGUAAAGUGUUCUUCAUACAGUUUAAAAAAUGGGUCAAUUCAUAAAAAUAAAAAGUGACUAAGUUGGGAUCGCGAAACUUACACAUUUGCCCCAAAGUGACUAUAGGGUCUAUAAUUGGUCACAGACUAGACUAUAAUGGAGUAGGGGCUCUUAGACGCCAGCGGCGCAUACCCAGCAAACAUUUUACCCAAGUACCCUCCCCCCGGGGUUUUGUGUGCGUAGAAUUAGAAAUCUAGAAUGUCUGCUUGGCUUUCCCUUAGAGGCGACAAGGGAAGAAGCGUGGGGGCAAAUUAAAAAGUUGUUAACCUUGUUGUUAAAGGUUCAAAACGUUGUUAAUUUUAUGUUAGAAAUGUCAGCCUUAUCAUUCAUUCCGUUGAUUUGUUCGAUAUAUUUUCUCCCUUAUUUAUUUUUAAUAUUAAUCUCUGGAUAUUAAAAAAAUUAUUAAUCUUAUUUUACUGCAGUCAGCCCGUUAUCAAUAGAGGCAUCAGCAACCAUCCGCUUAAGGAAGCGAAGAAACCUUUUGAACAACACUUCAACCGGCAUCACCAUACAUGAAGUAAGAAAAGAAAUCAGCAAACAGUUUGAACAACUUAUGCCCACCAAGUACUGUAAGUCAAGUGAGAAAGUCUGUCCUGCAGGUUCUCCCGGAUAUCCUGGUCCCACUGGAGCGAGGGGACCACGUGGCAGGAGGGGGCCAAAGGGAAAGAGAGGUCCUCAAGGUCCCAUGGGACCUCUUGGAAAAUCAGGAAAAACAGGACUAACUGGUCCCGCAGGACCGAGAGGAGAAAGGGGAGAUAAAGGAGAGACUGGGCCAAAAGGCAUGCCGGGACCACGUGGAAGGCCUGGAAAAUCGAUAUCUGCUCCAAAAGUGAUGUUGACGCCAGCAGAGCAGACACGAGAUGAGGGAGGAAAUACGGCAUUUUAUUGCACGGUCGCCGGAAAUCCUUCUCCAGUCGUGGAAUGGCAAUUUAAGGGCAGAAAGAUUCUGUCGGGUGCAAAGUAUUUGAUUAAAGAAGGAGAGUUGAUUGUCAGAAAUCUAAAUUACAGCGAUGUUGGGCCGUACUCAUGUGCUGCUAGGAACAUUCUUGGAUCGUCCGAGGCUACUGCUAACUUGUCUGUUCGAGGUGAGAGGAGCAUUUCAUUCUUGAGCUUUGUUGUAUAACAGUCGGUCAAAUUUUGUUUGUUAUAUCAGUAUGAUAUGUUACAUGUUCUUGCAAGGUAUUAAGGCUGCGAGAAUUGAACGACGCAUAAACAUCUCAAGAAAGCUAUGCGAUGUGAAGGCACACUGACAGAACAUUAUCCUCGCCUGACCUAUUUUGACACGCUUUCAGAAUCCGGUUAAGGCUUAAGUAGCCGUCAGACUACGACUUCUUGAAAAGACCCUUUAACAGAUUUGCCAGCUAAUAACUAAUUGGUUUCAUCGCUCCUUUUUUUUUCUGUUAUGCAAACGAACAUUUCUUGUACAAAGUUUCCCGGAAAAGAAAACACCUAAUUUGUCAGAUUUUUCUCAGUUGUAAUCCUGCUGUUCCCCGGAGGGUACUUCUUCUGAUUUUCUGUACAGGGAGGCUCCUUCCGAAGGGGGUACUAUUUUGAGGCUUCAAGUACUGUAUGAAAGGGUCGGUGUUUUACCAGUUGAAGUACAUAAUAGAGUAGGGAACUCAGUCAUUUCGGUCUGCAAGAAGAUCUAAAAGGGCUAGCGGAAAGAUUUUAUGGAUGUGAAAAUUUCGAGAAAUUUUUCUACUUUUGUGAUUUAUUCAUAUUUUAAAGACAGUUCGUUGAUCUCCCUUCAUGCAAAGUUCUAAACUACGUAUUUGAAAGGGGCACCUUUUCUGUUGAAAAUUACAUAUGGUGUUGGACCACGGGGCGGAGCCUCCAAGUACAAAACUGUGUUGAGUACCCUACCCACCUCCUCUCCUUCCCGAUGUCGUCCAAGUAGAUUUAGUAUGUAAACCUGAUAAUUAUUUUUUCAGGUCUUCCAAUAUUCACAAAAGUUCCACCUUUACUUGCUGCACCGGUACAAGGCACUACAUUCCAAGUAACGUGUAAAGCUGAAGGCUAUCCUCGUCCCGUCGUAACCUGGACAAGAGUAGGAAUGCCUUUACCUGCUGGAAAAACGAAAGUUAACCAAGGCACACUUACCAUUAACAACUUGAUUCCUGCCGACAACGGUUUAUACGACUGUGUAGCUACUAACAUCAUUGGAACAAAGAAAGCUAGAGUCAACGUGGCAGUGCAGCGUAGCUCAGCUGCAGGUUUGUCUUAGGCUGUAAGGUCCGCACAGACAUAAAUUAAACAUUUAGUAACAUAAACAUCAGGCCCCAGUUGUUGAAAUGUUGGAUAGCGCUAUCCAUCGGAUAAAUCUCUAUCCAGUGGAUAAGUAUUAGGGAAACCAAUUGCACUAUCCACUGGAUAGAGAUUUAUCCGCUGGAUAGCGCUAUCCACGUUUUGCCUAAGCUGACGCCUGGUGACCUUUGUUAAAGGUCACAGAGAUCGCAAGACCAAGGGUUCCUGAAUCCUGUUUAAGACUACUUUAAUAGGCUUAGCUGACUCAGACUACAGUGUAUACUUAAGUGGAAUGUAAAACAUAUAGGACCGCCGUUGGUGAUGGCCUUUUAUUUAUUGUUAAAAAGCAGUGUCGUUGUUAAAGGCUGAAUAUGCUUGUGUUGCAAUUGUUUAAAGGGAAAGAAGGAAGGAAGCCUAUACUCGAGUUUAGGUUUAAAUCCUAAAAAUUUGCUCUCCAGAAAAUAAAGUGACUUUUGCUAUCUAGCCUCUAGUCACUCGCAAUGUUACACUUGAUAAAGGAUUCAUUUGACGCCGAAUUUUUAAACAGUUAUACUUGGCUCCAACAUAGUUCUUUUGUCAAAUAGCAAAAGUCGAAUUUUUUUUUCCCCAGGUUUGCACGACUCUGUUAUUGUGGGAAACAACAAAAAUCACUUAACCUCGUUAAACAACUGGCUUGUACCUGUCACAAAAAGCGUCAAUUCUCUCUGGAAGCGCUGUUGGCGUGCAUCCUUGGACGGCUGGGGUGGAAGUACAUUUCACUCCCGAUGUGACGGCAAGGGCCCGACUGUGACAAUAGUAAGGGUGGGGAGAUAUAUUUUUGGUGGAUACACCAGUCUAUCAUGGGGUAAGUGAGCAUUGUAAAGAGACAAGAUUUGGUAACCCCUGUGCCGUUACUAGGAUUGAUUGAUAUAUGCACUGAAGCCAAGGCACCCUCGUCAGUUAACCUUGUCCGUCAUUCCUGGUUCCGGUGGGUGCACUCAACAUAUUUUAGACGGGGAGUUUCCACCCCAAGGUUCAACCCCUUAAUAAAAUAAAUUAAACCCCUUAAUUAAACCCCUUUAAUUAAAUUUUUAUCACCUUUUUGUACAUCAUUUCUGGAAGAGAAGGUACUCCUGUCGUGCACAGUUGAAUACUUAAUAAGGACACCAGUACAUAACAGACAGUUUCUUUUGUCCUGACGGAAGGCUUACAUAUAUUCCCUAAAAUUAACCCGCUUAAUACGGAUACUGUUUUAUACGGACAACGGACGGAAUUAUAACCAAAGAGGGCGUUAGGGACUUCUACACAAAUCCCUAAUCACAAAAUAACAAAAAAACCGACAUAAGCAAACAACAAAGUAAACAAGCUAAGAUAGGGGAAGUUGAGGGAAAUAACAAAAUGUUUGCUAACCUGGUUUUCAUAAAUCCAGGUAGAUAUGCAGUCGAAGCUCUCCUUGCGACCACUCUCGAAAGCGACUGGCUCUGGUUACGAGAGCAGUUUACGAAAACCUAUAUGAAACCCCGUUUGAACUGUGACUUAAACUUUGUAAUAAAAAGCUCCCGUAUGUAGGCGACCACGCGACCACUUUUAGGAUUACCCAACUGGACCUCUCCUUUAUUUUUAAGCUAUCGUAAGCGGCCACUAAGAGACUUAUUCAUAAACAGUAUAUCAACACUUUAGUGAAACUGCACACUGCGCUAAUGGUUCAUUGAUACACAGCAGUAUUAUUGUAUUGAUAAAAGUUGAAGGUCAUUUCCGUAGCGACCACCAGUUAAACGUUAAGUUCAGCCGUGUCUAUAUCAGAUAUAAAUAUACAGAUUUAGGCAGGGCUAAAAGCGAAGCUCUGGGUAAUAAUACGUGUAAACCAAAAAAAAUUAAAUCGUGUAAUGCUAAACGGGGACCACAAUGAAAAUGGCUUCAAGACUAAUAGAUCUAAUUAGCAAAAAAACAAAUUGCAAGUGCAGCACACUUUUUCUUCUAAUUAGCAAAAAACAAAUUUGCACGUGUAGCACGCUUUUUUGUCUUUCCCUUGCCGUUGUUUUGCACGACUACAACGCUGUUUUGCACGACCAAAACGUCAAACUUCCUGGUUACACAGUAUUUUUUUUGGAGGAAUUGUCGUAUUUGCUUACCAAUAUUUUGUUUCCUGUGUUCAUGUUCGGUUUUAUUUUUCACUGCCGCUCAUUUUCACCUUGCUGGCCGCUAGCAUUUCUCAUUUUCUCACCGCCGCUUUGAAUUUCCAUGUUUUUCUUCCUACGAAAUUAGUCUCCUUUGUUUUCAAUAACUCGCUCUAGCUCUUUCUCUGUUAUCCACGUUAGUGUAAACAUUAAAAAUAACGCCGACAAAGACACGACAUUGUUGUUGUUUUUGCUUUCUAAAAGUCUGAGCGGCCAUGUGAUUUCCGUCCAAAUAAUUUCGAAUUUGCAUUUGGGUCGCCAUACCUGUUGACUGAGUUAUUUUACGUUGGUAUGCCUGUGGUGCGGACGGACGGUCAGUAGAUUACCACCAGGGGCCCGUUUCUCGAAAGUCCCGGUAACUUUACGGACCCGAAAUCAAAUAUUCAAAUCGAAAUAUAAAGAAUAUGAGCGCGGGUCCUGGCUAGCAAACUACUCCAUUUUGUUUCAUUAACUGACAGUUUUAUCGUGUUAGAUGCAAAACUAUUGAAACCUCGAUCUUCAAUGUAAACGGAGACAACUUACCGGGCCCGUUAAUUAUCGGGACUUUCGAGAAACGGGCCCCAGGGCGGAUAAAGGUUGGGCGUUGAAACGAGCGCGUCCGAGCAAAAAGGUGUGAUGCAGUGGACUGGGACUCUGCUUAGAAAUGUCGCUUGUUUUCGACUUCGGUCAGGGCUUGCGAUAUGAUGUGGUUUGUACAUUAGAAACGCCUCUGUCACUGAAUUAUGGCGGCUUGAAUUGUUUUUUGCACUUCUUCCUCGUUCCUUUGUGCUGGUACGCUGUCUCCGAGAAGCAAAUGUUGCCAUUUUUUACGGGAGGUUUAGUUGGAGUAGACAAACAUCUCUUUCAAAGGGUUUCUUUCAUUACUUCCAUGACUCUACCACUGAAAUAUAUUUUCGUUCUGCUACUCGCCAAUGUCGAUGUUAUUCCAAAACGAAAACAACUCAGUAUGUCGUCCAUGGCAAAACUAAAAGACAGCAGAUCGUGUUUCAUAACUAGAUGACGUGUAUUUUAUAAAUGCGUGCAGCUCGUGCAAGGUGAAAUUAUGCUAAUUUCAAUCACCAUCAUCCUUCUUCUUAAUUUUGAAAAAAAACAUCUCAGACGUCUUUCUGUUUCUUCGAAACUUCCAAAUUAGUUUCCCCUCAGUUUUUUCUGUUUACCUUGUUUUGUUUUAGAGAGAAAAACGGAGAAAAAACCUUACAACAAACCUUAAUAAAUUUUGUUUACAUGCGGUUGCCGGAUUUGCAACGCAUUACGCGAAUCGUCAUGGCGCGUUGCACCCGAGAAGCAAAGUUUGAAGAAGUACAACGCCACUAUAUCAAUAUAUACUAGGGUAUCUAAAAGAUAGUAAUGCUGCGGCACAUUCUGUUGAUACUGGCAUUAGUUAGGCAGUGAGACUUAAAAGAAUCGAAAAUGAUAUUGAAUGUCCUAUUUACAUGUUGGAAAGUACUAGAAUAAUUACUAUCAGUCUAUAGAAAGAACUCAUGGGUACGUUGUUUAGAAAAUGAUCAAGUGGUUACUCUGGUUUUCCCACAGUAAAUUGUAGGAAAUAAUAGAAAUUUAGAUUGUUUAUCCAUAUAUUUAAUAUACGGUGCACGAUAUUUUCUCUGGAAACACAAUACUUUUCACGCUGUUUUUUGCACUUUAUUAAGUAACAGUUAUUUAGCUAUAUAUUUAUAGAAAACAACAACACAAAAAACGGAAAAAAAAAAAGAAAGAAGGCAUAUAGAAUUCGGUAGGACUCGAACCCUGCACCUUUGGCUCGACGCGACUACACCUAACCACUACACACAGAGGCUGAUUACGUAAUCUGUAAGAAAAGUCUUGAUUUAUUCCUUUUCCACGAAACUUCCGCCGGCAAGAUGACCGCCAGCCGCAUUAACCGAGCUAUUAACAGUGAAAAAACAAUGUAAAAGCAUAUUCUGUGGCAAUGAAUGAAUGAAAGAACAUAAUUAUGCUUUUCAAAACGCCGAUACACGUCCUCGUCUGCAAAGUAGGACACAAAACAUAUGUUUUGUUAUCUCGAUUUCCGCUGUUAUUUUGAAGCGAAUGGUCACAAUCACAUCCAUUUCGGCUCAUACAGUUUCUUAAGAAUAGCACUGCAUGACAUUUUCUCACUUUCACAUCACCUUCUAGCAAGCUGAAAUUUGUAUAUCCCCCGUGUUGCGGAGUCGAAGAGCAAAUGCUCAUCUUCUAGUUAACACCUGGACGAGUCAAAGGCUCUUGAAUUGAAAUCCAAUCCCCAAGUUAACCAUCGUACUCAUCUGAAAGACUCCUGCGUGUCUUAAAAUUUGGUAAGACCUCUAACCGUGCUGUAGAAAAUUUGCCACAAAGAAAACUCUACGUCUGAGCAGCGAACGAUGCACUCUCUCACCCACCGAACUUCCUGGUGUUUUUAUUUGCGUUGUUCGUGGCGCAAUGCACUCUGGUUAAAUGCAAUUCAUUGUGGUUAAAAGUGUGGUUAAAUGCAAUGCAUUGUGGUAAAAAGUGAUGAAUUCGAGAAUUCGUUGUCCCUUAUGUAUUUCCUUUAAAUCCUGAUUAUGUUGCUGCUCGCUCCCUUCGGUCGCUCCGCGGCAAUCAAUCUAAUUUUUUGUUAUGUUAUAUAAAAUUUAUCCUCCUUUAACAUAUGUAAAAAUUGAGGUUAAGAAGUGUUAAGCUUUUGCAAACGAAACGGCGAAAGACGAUUAGGUGAUAUUUAGUGCAAGGAGGAGGUAUUCAACACUUUCAAAUUAAACUCAAAUUUGGGAAUUAUACGACCAACAAGUUUGACUUAUAGACGUACAGACACAAACAUAUGAAACUGUUUAUUGAUAUUGUUAUGAAACGAAUUUAUCUUUUUAACACUGUAGCCUGAAAUUACAGAAAGAAAAUAGGAUUUCCGGUUUGCAAAAAGGAAAAUUUCGCCGGCCUUGAAGUGCACCGGAAGCGCGGAAAGAGCGCUCGCGAAAGUCCUACUCCGCAUCACACAUUAAAUGAAGAGCGGAGCGCUCGUUUCACCGCCCAACCUUUAUCCUCCCUGAUUACCACAUUUCCUUAGCUAUGGGGCUCCGGCGCGGAGCUCCGCCAUAAAGACACUGAUUACAAACAUAAACUUCUUUUGUUUUCCCUUUAUGAGUUGUUGAUGAGUUUUUGAAGGUCUCGUAGUAAGCGACCAGCUCUAGUGACGACCACUUUAAAAGUGAAAUUUCCGAGGUGGUCGCAUACGAGAGCUUCGAUUGCAAUGCGAAAUUAAUAAACCUAAGUAAAAUUAAAAUUUAAAAGAGACAUAAAUAGAGUAUCACAACAAAUUACUAAUGGCCUUCUACUACCAAGGUAUCCGGUCCUCACUGUAAUGUAUUGUGUAAAACUUUUAUAUAAUGCAUCGAUUAUUACCUUCAGUUACUAUAGACUCCACAUUAGAUGGAAAUGUUUUUCAUUACAUUUGUUACGUAUUUGCUAUUUUGAUUUGUUUUAACCAUUGAAUGGGAUGAUAUAUGUGGAGGAAAGAACUCAGAAAAUCUCAUUUCCAGAUGGGAAUUGUUUUGAUGUAUCUGGAACUGAUACAUGCGAACAAGAAGGAGGAGGAGGGUACAAAAUGUUCACGAACCUUUAUCUUGUGUACAGGUGUCACUGCACCUGACGACUGAGUGCCUUUCGCAAGUAAGUAUCGGAACAAUGUCCCUUAAUUAUGACGCUUUUAUUCCAUCCAUACUUUCUUGUAGGUUCUGGCUCUGGGUAUCGGUACGACUCAAACGCCUUUUUAUUCUCACUUGUAAACAAGCCAGGAUGGGCACCAGUCAAGCUGCCUCAGACGGGGACAGAUAGCUCUAACAGGCGUUAUUCUAUAUACGAUAAUCGAUCACGUGGGCCAACAUUCGGAGGAGGACAUGACAUUUACAUUUCCAACUACGCGUCAUCCAAUAGAAAUUCUUACAGCAACCUUGGCUACACCUACAGCAGCACCUUCGCAGGAACAUUCCUGGCAGGAUCGAAAAAUUUCACACCAGACGAAGUAGAAACUUUUUACGAAACAACCUAAAUAAUGUAACAAACCACAUUCGUCUUUUAUGUUUUUGUUUUUAUGUUUUGUUGUCUUGCAUUAUGUGACUUACUAAAGAACUAAAUAAUCUCUAAAAUCGAUUGUCCCAAAAAGUUUCUCAGUAAAACUCUUCGCGCCUGUAUGAAAAGAGGCUAGGAAAUGUUAGAGAACAUAAUACAUGGUUGUAAAAUAUAUAUAGCAGUUUGGUUAUUAAGUAUGUGUUAGGAUCGAAUACAAGCCGCUGUUCUGGAAUUGAGCCCACUCUCCUCCCCCCUAACAGGGGAGGUCCGGGAGAAGGGCGGAUGUCGAGCUUAGG